UUUAGUGUGUUCCUCACUAAAAAAAUUUGAAUAUUUGCUUUGAAACACGCGCUAAAACUGCGUUACUUUCUUGUUUAUAUUUUUUUUUAUAGAUUAUAAGAAGAAAUUUUUUGUAUAAAGAAAUAGAAAUGAAAUUUGAAUUAAUUAUAUGCAAUUAAUGGUGUAAGCGUUUGUUAUCAAAAAAAAAAAUUAAAUGAAUAUUCAUUUUAUGAUUUAUUUAACUAGUACAAAAUGUAGUAAAAUUGUUAUAGAGGUCCUGCAGAGUCCAACUGAAGAAAUGUAUAGUUGUCGUAAAUAAUUCAGAAUUAUUUAUGGCGAACGCUUGCAAGUUAUAUUUUCUUACAAAUUUAGUAGCCAAAUAAUCAAAAACACAUAUGAUUACAUACUCGUACACUAACUCGUUAAAAUUAGCACCGAACUUUGUUAAUAUAUUUGCAAUAUGCUUUACAUAAAAAAAUGAAAUUUAGAACAAAAAAAACUUCUGGAAUUAUUGUUAACAAGUAGCAAAAGCAUUUACACUCUUUACGAUUAUUCUCAAAACACAUUCGUUGUAAGUUUUUCUUUAUUUUAUAAACAAUAACAUAUUAUAAAUAUUAAUAAUAUUUGAACUAAAAUAUAUAAUACAUUUAUUAAAAAAUAAUAAACUAUAAACAAUUCACUUUAAACUGAUUGCGACAAGUCACUGUAAAGUCGACAAAUCACUAAAAACCAAGGAGACGGAAUUGUCGUAAUCUAAUUGACAUACAAGUGGCAAUUAAAAGAAAGUGUGUGUUUAAGCGGCGCUCAAAAUGAAAUGUCUUUCGGUGAAAGAGUCGAUAGCCAUUGUUGAAAUAGUGAUUGCGUUGCUCUGUUUGCCUGCCAUUUUGCUGCUGUCGUUCGUGCUAACCUUCCCGGACGAUAUGAAGAUGUUCCUGUAUCAAUGCUCUUUGGCUACAACAAUGGUGCUCUGCUUGCUCUUCGGCUUCAGCACGUGGUUCUACAAUUCGAAUUAUCCGAAAACGCGUUUUCAUGUGCGCAUCUUUAUUGUUAUUGUACUAUGGACUAUGUUUAUUUUUGGUGUUGUCACCGGCGUGCUAUUCGAUAUGCAAUUCUUCGAUAAAUAUUUAUACGGUCAUUUCGAGCAUGACAUUUUAGAUGGCGCGGAAACUUUGACUUUGUAUGCGGCCAUGAUUUUUGGUAUCAUUGUACUCUUUUUACUGUUUAUUGUCAAUAUAAUAUUAACGGUUGGUGUUUGUCGAAGAGCUAGAAAAGGAAGGAAUCGUUCGACUCGUAGAUAAAUACUAAUACUCUAAUGUGCAAUGCAUUAAAACUAAGUAGCCGAGUGUAUUGAAUCUGUAACAACUAUAAUCUCUUACUUUCUCGGAUCAGUGACACAGAGCGUGUAAAGGUGGAGUAAGCGUCAUAAAACUUUUAAAGGUAUAGGUAUAUGUACUUGCAACGAAUCAAACAGUUUUUAUACACAAAAAUGGUCAAAGUUGUCUUGAGUAAAGAAAACAUUUCGGAGCGCUCUACUCGAUUGUCCAACUGUUGUUACAUGAGGGUCUCGAUUGUCGAGGUGAUUGCUAUAUUCUCGGGAACUGUGGGAAAAUUUGAACUCCAUCUUAUACUUUUAAGUUAAUUUUACAAUUGUACACUUUCAAAUAGCUGGAAAUUAUAUAUAAUUAUGUACAUAGAACGAAAUUUUACACAAAAACAACUUCUGGAAUUAUUGUUAACAAGUAGCAAAAGCAUUUAAACUCUUUAUGAUUAUUCUCUAAACACACAUUCACGUUGUGAGUUUUUAUUUAUUUUAUAAACAAUAACAUAUUUUACAUAUUAAUAGUACUUCAACUAAAAUAUAUAAUACAUUUAUUUAUAAAAAAAAAACAAAUAUUUUUGAACUAAUUGCGACAAAUCACUUUAACCUAAAAACCAAAAAGACGAAAUUGUCGUUAGCAAAUUGACAAAAAAUAAUUAAAAAAAGCGUGUCUUGAAGCGGCGCUCAAUAUGAAAUGUCCGAAGGUGAAGGAACCGAUAUCCACACUUCAAUUAGUGAUUGCGGGACUCUGUUUGCUUAUCAUAAUAAUAUUGUCGUGCAUAGUAACCUUCCCGGAUGAUAUGCGCAUGUUCCUGUAUCAGUGCUCCUUGGCUACAACAAUGGUGCUCUGUUUGCUCUUUGGCGGCAGCACAUGGUUCUGCACAAGCAAAAAUGCGAAAGUGGAUUUUCGUAUGCGCAUCUUUAUUGUUGUUGCACUAUAUACUAUGUUUAUUUUUGGACUUGUCACCGUGGUGCUAUUCGCUAUGCAAUACUUCGAAGAAUAUAUAUACGGUAUUUACGAUCGUGAUAUUUUCUAUAUCGUGGAUUAUAUUGCUUUGUAUAUUGCCAUUAUACUUGGUUUCAUUGUACUCAUUUUAGUGCUUAUUGUCAGUAUAGCAUUAACGGUUGCUGUUUGUCAAAUAGCUAUAAAAGAGAAGAAAAAUCGUACACAAAAUUAGUGCAAAAAUGUGAAAUGUAUCAAAUUCAUUUCUGUUCAGUAAAUUCCAUGUGUGACCACGAUCAUCUUCCCAAUUUAUAACUUGUUUUUUUUUUUUUUUUAUUUCGAAAUGAGUGUAAAGAUAAGAGUCGUAAGACUUGUAAAGCGAAACUGAGCAAUAGGUGUACAUGAUCACAAAUUGUCAAAGUUCGUCUUGAGGGUGGAAAAUAGGUCGAGGCUUACUACUCGACUAGACAUCAUCGCAUAACUUCUGUUGACGGACUGAGGCAGAUCGACUUCGACUGAGCUCGGAAUAUAGUAGAACGGGCUGAUCUCAAACUGUAGAAAUAGAAUAGAGAACCGAACAUCAACUCGUAUAUUCGGAAUCACGCUUGCUUUCUGAGAGUACGAGUCUCGAGAGCCGUUGUUGUUGUAGCGUUUAUGGUUUAGUGUAUAGGCAGGCUAAAAGAUAUUUCGACGCAUUUGGUUUAGAAAAAACACAAACAAAAAUCUUUUUCGAGUACUUUUUAUUUAAAAUGUUUACAUAAAAAUACAUUCCACACAAAAUAUUUAUUUUUGCUAGAAAUUUAUAAAUAUACAUACAUAGCAACAAAUGUAUAUAUAUUAUAUAAUAGACGAGUAUUUAUAAAAAAAGAAACAGUAUGAAAGUACUUAUUUCAAUGUUUAGUAAGUAUUUUUGGUUUGCUUUAUAUUGAAUUGUUGCUGUUUCUGCUUUUCGGACUUGUGCAUGCUGCGUGACUAAAAAAUGCUCACACAAUUGUAAAUAUGUAUUUAUGUUUAUUCCACUGUGUGCUCCCUAAAUAUUUAAAUAAAACUUAUUAUUAUAAUAUAACUUAAGUUUAU